UAAAGCGGAAGGUGAAACUAUGCUAAGCUAAGCUAGGCUAGGCUAAGCUAAUGUUAGCGUGUUGAUGAGCGGGUGAGAGUGAAGGUAAUGGCGUUUAUCCCGGCCUGUGUGUGAGUGAGUGACCGCUGUCAGGAGACUUUUCAUCGGAUGAUAAUUUAUUACACUGAGCGCUGUUCUGUACGGAGCUGCAGCGGCUGUAGUGACAGUAAUGUCGGGGGAUUGCGAGGGCUUUGACCGGGCUCCCGGUGCAGGACGGGGCCGGGGGAAGGUGAGCGGGCCCGGGCUAACAGAUGUAAACAAACCCCGGCAGCCGCAGAUCGGAGACGGAGCGGCGGUGUUUACUCAGUGUGAACCGCUCCGACAACCGCGCACCCCGGUACCCACAUCACCCAUAACACCCACAUCACCCAGUGUACCACCUGUACCCACAGUAUCCACAGUACCCAGUGCUGAGAGGACAGACAGCAGAAAAGCGUCCACACCAUCAAACUCAGAGUCCAGCAACAGCAGCACAGCGGCUGUAAAAACACAAGCUACACAACCUGUGUUCCAUCAGUCCAGCCUGUCAGCCAGCGCCCCCGAGUUCUACCCCUCCACCUACCUGCCAGCUCAGGACGAGUACUACGAGGACUACGGUUAUGAUGAAGCCGGAUUCGACGGCUACUACCCCGAGAUGUCUCUGGCGGAUCUGGUACAGGAUAUCCUGGCCCACCUGGACUCGUCCCCCGGCUCCUUCGAGUCAGAGGUGGAGCAGAUCGCGGCCACGUUGAACUCCUGGGUGACCACGGAGGAGACGCUGAAGGAGCUGGUGGAGCUCAUCUUCACCCAGUCCACGUCCAUGUCUAACUUCACCUACACCGGAGCUCGACUCUGUAACGUCCUGUCCCACCGUCUGGUUCUGAGUCCGGCCAGCGGCAACUUCAGACAGCUUCUACUGCAGCGCUGCAGGGUGGAGUUUGAGCAGAAGAACAAGGCUCUGGAGGGCGACCCUGAGACUCGGAGGAGGUUUCAUACCUACGUGGUGUUCCUGGGGGAGCUCUACCUGAACCUGGAGGUGAGAAGCGGUCCGCCCAAGGGUCCGCCCACUCGAGCAGAGAUACUUCUGAUAGCGCUGAGGGAGCUGAUGGACCUGCUCUUCUCCAAACCUGACGACGGCAACCUCAUCUGUGCUGUCAAACUGCUGAAGCUGACCGGCUCGGUUCUGGACGACACGUGGAAGGAGCGUGGUAAAUCUGACAUGGACCAGCUGAUUCAGAGGAUGCUGAACAUUGUGCUGGACACUUCAUGCAGCAGACACGUGAAGGAGAUGCUGUUGAAGCUGGUGGAGUUGAGGUCCAGUAACUGGGGGAGGGUUCAUGCAGCCGCGGCUUACAGCGAGGCCACGCCCGACACCGACCCCAACUACUACAUGAAUGAACCCACCUUCUACACUGCAGAUGGCACUCCAUUCACAGCUGCAGAUCCAGAAUAUUCGGAGAAGUAUCAGGAGAUUUUGGACAGGGAGGAUUAUUUCCCAGAGUUCUUUGAGGAGAACGGCAAUGACGCGCUUUAUGCUGAUGAAGACGAGAUGGAACCCGAGAUCGAGGAGGCGUUCGAGAAGUUCUGCCUGGAGACCGAGAGGAAAAAUUCAUAACGUGUUGUAGCACUUCAUCAGAACUGAACCUGAAGAGUCUGAUCCGAGCACCACCACCACCAAAAUCCAAAGCAGCUUUUAUUUGAAUUGAUUUGAGAUGGUUUGGGCGUGGCUCCUCCUGGUUUGGGAGGUUUUUAAUGGCAGUUUGUUUUUAUUUGUGUGUGUUUGGGUUGUUUGGCGUUUGCAGUGUUUUUCUUUAAUCUGAGCAGCAGCAGCAUCUCGAGUGAUGGAUGAGAAUCGAUCUGCUGUACGUCGGCUCUGGAGCCGCCGUCACUGUUUAAAUCUUUUAUUCCUAUAAAAAUGUUUGGUUUAUUAAUCCUGAGAUCAGAUCCAGCAAAAAACAGAUUUAAACCCUGAAAUCCUUUCUAGAGUGGUGCAGAGGAAUGUUUAUUUUAUUAAAGGAUUGUAAAUAUCAUUAUGUACCUUCAAUAAAUCUUUAGAAAAG